AUGAUUACUCGAUCUAUUCGUUAUGCUUCUUCAACAAUAAAAACUCCUCCAAAACCAGUCGAUGAUUAUACUUAUUGUAUAAAUAGUGUACGAAAAGUUGAUUAUGAAAAUUUUAUAUGUACAGGUUUAUUAAGACCAUCAUUACUUCAACGUCCAGCAAUGGCUAUACGAGCAUUAAAUGUUGAACUUGCUUCAAUACGUGAUCAUGUAUCAAAUACUCAAAUAGGACAAAUGAGACUUCAAUUUUGGCGUGAAACUAUUGAUACAAUUUAUUCAACAACAAAUACAAAUAUGAUGAAAAAAAUUAAUCAUCCAGUUGCACGUGAAAUUAAUUUAGUUAUAAAACAUAAUCAAUUAUCAAAAUUAUGGUUUCAUCGAUUAAUUAAAAGUCGAGAAAUAACAUUAAAUGAUAUGCCAUUUCAAGAUAUUGAACAAUUAGAAAAUUAUGUUGAACAAUCAAUUACACCUACUUAUUAUCUUUUACUUGAAUUAGCAAAACAAAGAUCAUUAAAUGCUGAUCAUAUCGCUUCACAUCUAGGUCGUUCUCAAGGUCUAAUCAACAUAGUUCGUGGUAUUCCCUAUAAUGCUCAUAAACGUCGAUGUUUUAUUCCUCUUUCCUAUCUUAUUGAACAUAAUGUCUCUCAACAAGAUCUAUUGAAUGGUCAAUUUGCUAAUGAACAAUGUCGUCAUGUAAUAUAUCAAUUAUGUAAUCGAUCAUGGUUUCAUUUACAAAAAACAAUUGAAUUAUUUGAACAAGAUAAAAAUUUUCAAAAGCAAAAUAUUUCUUCUUCAUUAAAAAGUCAUAAUCGUAGUAUAUUUUUACCAAUUAUUGUUAUUUAUGAUUAUUUAAAACAAAUCCUUGGCUUGUUUGGAAUUUAUGGCGACAUAAAUUUCCAUCUUCAAAAGAUCUUUCAUUGUUUUAGAUUUAGAAUAAUGUUUGGUCUUUCAUCAACAACAACUCAAAAAGAUGUUGAAGUUGUUCAACCACCUGAUGAUGCUAUAUCGUGUAUGAAAUUUUCUCCAGCAACAGUUCCACAAACAUAUUUAAUAGCAAGUUCAUGGGCAAAUGAUAUUCGCUGUUGGGAAAUUCAAUCCAAUGGACAAUCUAUUGCUAAAGCAAUCCAAAAACAUGACGCACCAAUAUUAAGUUGUUGUUGGUCAGACGAUGGUACUAAAGUAUUUACAGCUAGUUGUGAUAAAACUGCCAAAAUGUGGGAUUUACAAUCCAAUACAUUUGUUCAAAUAGCAGCACAUGAUCAACCAAUACGAACUAUAAAUUAUAUUCAAAGACCAUCUUAUUCAUGUGUUAUGACUGGAAGUUGGGAUCGAACUGUUAAAUUUUGGGAUACACGUCAAGCAACACCAUUAAAACAAUUAACACUUACUGAACGUAUAUAUGCAGCCGAUGUCUUUGGUCCGAUGGCUGUUAUAACCACAGCUGAUCGUGGUAUACAAAUUUAUUCACUUGAUCAAGGACCAACUGAAUAUAAAAAAAUGGAAUCCCUACUUAAAUAUCAACAUCGUUGUGUAUCAAUAUUUACAGAUAAAUCACGAAAUCCAAAUGGAUUUGCUAUUGGUUCAAUUGAAGGUCGUGUUGCAAUAAUGUAUGUUAAUGCACCAAAUCCAAGUGCUGAUAAUUUUACAUUUAAAUGUCAUCGUUCAACUCCAACAGCUACUGCUACUACUCAAGAAAUAUUUUCUGUUAAUGAUAUUGCUAUUCAUCCUAUACAUGGUACAUUAGCUACAGUUGGUAGUGAUGGUCGAUAUAGUUUUUGGGAUAAAGAUGAACGAACAAAAUUAAAAACAAGUGAUGUUAUUAAUGAUCAAUCAAUAACAUGUUGUGCGUUUGAUAGUCGUGGACAAUUAUUUGGUUAUGCAAGUUCCUAUGAUUGGCAUAAAGGACAUGAAGGAAAUAUUCAAUCAAAAAAGAAUGUAAUAUUUUUAAGACAAUGCUUCGAAGAAAUGAAACCAAAACAAAAGAAAUAA